AUGGACAAGAGCGAUUCUUUAACCGCUCCAUGUUCUGUAAACCCUGCUGGUAAUAGAAUGUGUCCGAACAAUGUUGGUAUGACUGAUGCAGAAAGAACUUGGGUCACGAAUGCACAUAAUGAAAAAAGAAGUUUGCUUGCAAGAGGUCUCAUUCGAAACGGCAAAAAUCCAAGAAAUAAAAAUCUACCACGAGCUUAUUACAUGCCAAGAAUGACAUACGACUGUAGAGCUGAAGCAGAUGCGAUAGCUUAUGCACAACUCUGCACAAUGAUGAAGUCGGACGAAAGA